GACAAGAAAUGCACGUGUUAGUUUUUAUUCUUGUCACCUAUUUCAGUUAAGUUACUGAAUUCUGAGUGCUGAGAAAGUCCUAAAAUAUUUUGUCACCUUACAGGCUCACAAAAUGCAAAUAUUUUAGUCUAAGUUCAGCAAAUAUGUUCCCAUUAUCUGUAUUUUGUUCAGAAGUAUUUUGAAAAGUGAAAAGAAACAUCUGUAAGUGUGCUUUUAUGAGACUUUGUGUUAAUCAUCACUGUGUGUUCUUUCUGUAUCCAGAUUGUCAGGUCUCAAUACUAAAAGAUUGAGUAGAUGGGAUGGCUGGAAGAAAUGGUGUGUUGGCAUCUAAAUGCUCAUUUUGCUGUCAGCUUUCUCCUGUAGCACAGGUGGACCUUUGUAUGAAGUUCUGUUGUGUCUUUUCUCUUGGUGGAUUUUUUUUCCCUUUUCUACCUCUGUAUUCCCUGUUCUGUUAGCAUUUCUCCAGGGUGAGAGCUCUGACCUUUCAUGUCCCUCUACAUCUCUUCAGGGAAACUGCUUCUGUUUCUCAUCCUUGUUUGCAGCUAUAGCAAAUACCUGCUCCAAACGUAUUUCUCUUUGACCAAAAGAUCUUCUUUUGGUUCUUGGGUGUGCAUAAUUUCAGUUAUCUUCAUGUAAAGGGUUAUUCCAUCGGAACCCAUUAUUUGGAAAAAGUUAGCAAAUAGUGAGUUUUGGCUGCAGUUUGUUUCUCUGUCAUCUUGAUACUUCUGUCUGAUUUAUACUGUCCUCUGCACUUACAGUAUUUGUUUUCAGUGAGGUAAAUGAAGUCAUGGUUAUUAUAAAAGCAUCUUCUGUUAAGCUUCCUUAAGGGAAUUACUGUGUAUUGCUUCAUCUGUUUCUUUUUCUUUCUCCUUUGCUAGUAAGCUUUUACAAAUGUUUUUGCAGCCGUACCAUUUCUGAAGUAAACAAUUUUAUUUGUUAGGAUACGAGUGUAUAUUUCACAUCUCAGUGACUUGGCAGUUAGUAGUUGUUGGCAGGUUACUGCAGUGUCUCUGAAAUACUGAUGUUAUACAGAUAUUCUUGUGACCUUGUAUGCUUGACUGGAGAAAAUUCCCUGAAGCUUAGAGACAGGUUAGGGCAAGUCAGGAAUAUUUGAAUGACACUUCUCUACAGAUCUCUGAAAAAAUCCUUGUUGAACUAGAGAAGUGGUGUCAGUGAGGAAACGCUUUGUUUUCAGCUGCAGAGUAGUUAGAGGUAUGAGCACGUGCUUCAGCAGUGGGUAUAAAAGUGGGUAGUUAAGAGUCAAGCUCCGUGUACCUGUAGAUGUGAAACAUACAUACACAGGGACAGCAUAGGCAUCCAAUAUGUACUACACACGUCAGCUUUGGGCUUCUGGAAAUAAGAACUGCAUGCAACAUGUGGACUUGUUACUACUUCUCUUGAAAUUACUGGUUUUCUUUUGCUUUGGCAUUAUAAAAACAGUGCUUGGUUUUCUGAAUAAGUGGAUAGGGAAGGCAGUAAGCUUUUUAUGAAGAACAUUUCUGUGUACGGGUUGUCUUUGUACUUAACAUGCAUAAAGAACAGCAGAAAAAAAUGAUACAAUGUUCUGAGUAGCAGUGGUAACAUAGCCUUGUAACUUUGUCUCCAAAAGCAGCAAUACUUUUAGUUUCUUGCGUUUACUUGGUGUUAAUUGGCAGCAAAGUGCAAAGGAAACCCUGUCAGGACAGCCCUGACUCACUCUUAUUCUGAUGCUGUAUUAUCUGACAAGGCAGAAAUUGCAACCUGGAAAACUCUGGGGAGGUGGAAGAAUGAGAAGCACUCCAUUCUGGGGAUAGCUUGUUGCUGUGGGAAUACUGGGCAUUCUGCAGUAUAGGGCUUUUUAUUUUUUAUUCUGAAGAUAUCUUCUGAGCCUUCCUCUGUGUAAAGAGAUCUGUGAUUGGAUUAACUUUAAAGAUUCAUUUUGUGGAACCAGUAUUUGGAAAGGAAGAAAGUAAUAAAGAAAUGUCUACCAAUUUAAAAUACCUUUCCCUGGGCAUCCUGGUUUUUCAGACCACAAGUUUAGUGUUGACAAUGCGUUAUUCUCGGACACUGAAAGAAGAAGGACCUCGUUACUUGUCCUCUACUGCAGUAGUUCUUGCUGAACUUCUGAAGAUUCUGUCCUGUGUUCUACUGGUCUACAAAGACAGCAAGUGCAAUUUACGGACCCUGAACAGAGUGCUGCAUGAUGAAAUUCUUAAUAAGCCCAUGGAAACUCUUAAACUUGCCAUUCCUUCAGGAAUUUACACUCUUCAGAAUAACUUGCUCUAUGUAGCAUUGUCAAACCUAGAUGCAGCCACAUAUCAGGUUACAUAUCAACUGAAAAUUCUUACCACAGCACUAUUUUCCGUGUCCAUGUUAAGCAAGAAAUUGGGUAUAUACCAGUGGCUGUCGUUGGUAAUUUUAAUGACAGGAGUGGCAUUUGUGCAGUGGCCUUCAGACUCUCAAGCAACAGCUGCUAAGGAGCAUUCAGCAGGAUCUCAGUUUGUAGGCCUGAUGGCAGUUCUUAUAGCUUGCUUUUCUAGUGGAUUUGCAGGCGUUUAUUUUGAGAAAAUUUUAAAGGAAACUAAGCAGUCUGUGUGGAUAAGAAACAUUCAGCUUGGAUUCUUUGGCAGCAUUUUUGGUCUGAUGGGUGUAUAUAUAUACGAUGGAGAGCAGCUGUCCAAAAAUGGAUUUUUUCAAGGAUAUAAUAAACUUACUUGGAUAGUUGUUAUUCUACAGGCACUUGGAGGCCUGGUGAUUGCUGCUGUUAUAAAAUAUGCAGACAACAUUUUAAAGGGAUUUGCAACUUCUCUUUCUAUUAUACUUUCAACGUUGAUCUCCUAUUUCUGGCUUCAGGAUUUUGUCCCCACGAGUGUCUUUUUCUUCGGAGCCAUCCUUGUAAUAGCAGCUACUUUCCUAUAUGGUUAUGAUCCCAAACCUGCAGGAAAUCCCAUUAAGGCAUAGCUGACUACUUCAACCUGCUUCUCAAGAUCAUACACUGGGGGCCUUGCUAAAAAUGGCAUGUGGAAUGUGCCAUUGUGCACUGCAAGGGAAGGAUGACUACCCUGAAUCGAGUGAAGAAAUUUUUAUGAGUAGUUUUGAACAGCCAAACGGGUUAAAGAUGGAUGAUGAUUCUGACUGGGACUGGUGGAAAAAAUGACAGGGGAAAGCCCAGUGCAACUUGCUAAUAAAAACUUGAAGUGAACAAAAAGUUUCCAAGAAACUGCAAUUGGGAAUGUUUACAGCUUUGACCUGGGAUUGCAUCAAAAGAAUUUACUGUAUUGACUGCUGCACUCUGUCCUAUGCACUCUUUGAAAGAGCACACGACAACAUUGUCAGAUUGUAUGUUUUUGCAAUUUGACUAUAUUUAAUGUUAGUACAUGUUUUUAACUGUUUGUCUAUUUACAUGAAGUCGACUGAAUGCACAUCAUAGUUCUAAAGUGAUGGUUCUAAUUAGGUAUUCCUUAUUAAAACUAUGGAAAUUGAAGUAUGACUGAAAGACAUUUUCACAAUAACAAAUAUUUUUAUAUUUUAGAAGGCUGAUUUAAUAACAGAGAUCUGUGUUCUGUUGCUUAUAUAAAGCUGUUGUAAGAAUGUUAACAUUCUCACCAGUACACAAAGGGAGAAACUGAGAAUGAAAGCUGGAAAUCUGUGUAGAUACUCCAGCCAUCGUGAGGAUAACCUGUAGUGUUCCAGCAGAUGCAAUAACUCUGAGCACAGGACACAGUUUGCUGCAGUAAUCUGGCACUAUGAGGUGGGUUAUAAUGGAGUGCUUGCUGAGAUGUUAUGUUCACUGUUUUUUAUUUUUAUUGAUCAUAAAUCAACUUAUUGGUAGAACUUCUAAAGUAGAGUGUAGUGGGGUUUUUUGCUUUUUUUGUUUGUUUGUUUCUUUUUUUUUCUUUUUGCUUUAAAUAUCCCCUGAGGAUGUUUCUUUACCUGCAAUUAAAGAAAAAAAAAAAAGCCCAUAAUAAAUAUUUUAAAUGCAUUGUUGUUGUCUGUUGCAGCUCCAGAUUGAGCUAUUGUGGUGUAUUAUCUCUGUACUGUACUGUAUUUUAUGAGAGGCUUUUUUUUUUUUAACAAUUGUUGUUUACUUAUGAACUCUCAAAGUCUGUCUCAGUACAUUUGUAUGUAAUGGCGUAAGUAGAGUUUUUUAUUUUCAUUAUUAUUAUUAAUUUUGUUUUGGGAGUCUUUGAGCUAACAGACCAAAAUGGAUUCUGUGGGGCUGUUCAGUCUAGUAGUGGAAUUACUCUAAAAGGAAAGAGAAUGAAAAAGUACUGAAUUGUGCAAUAGAUAAAUAUAAAAGCAUACUGUUCUUUUGUUUUCAACCAAAAGAAAAAACUCAUGAAGAAACAUAUGCAGAUCAAACAUUUUGUUUGUUGAAGUACUUGCAUGUAGCCAACUGAGAAAGAAACACACAAAAACAGUGCCAGAACAGUAAACAAACAAAGAAAAGGCUUAAAAAUCACUUGGUUUUAGGAGACCUAUUCACAAUGGAUAUUAAUGUAGGUGACUUCUUACCUAUUCAUUACAUACUUGUAUGUAUGCAUUGUACAAAAACAUAUCAGUGGUCCCUUCCCAUUCAGUCAAGUGUUAAAAACCUUUGUUGUUGUUGUUCUUUUUUCCCUCUGCUCUAUCUCACUUCUUUCUUGUGCUGAUGAAUAUGAUGUGAAGAGAGAGAUGUUUCAAAACCUUUACCAAAGUACCUCCGUUCCUUUUCCACAACUACUCAGUCGUGGAUUGCAAACAGAGGGAUUCUCUAAGAGGACUAUGAGAUUUUUAAUUAAAUAUUUAAUUAACAUUUAAUUAAAUAUUGUAAAGAAAAAAGGAAAAAAAUCUACUUUUAUCAGCCAAGUGAAAAUAGUCUUUUCCUGUGUUGUUGAUUACAUGAAUUAUGUCUGUAGCAUCAGAGCAAGACAGUGAAGAAAUUUCAGAGUUAUGCCAAGGGCUUACCAAGCUUUCUGAACUGUGAAUCCCAGCAUGCCAUAAUUGCAAGAGCUAUGCUACUCAGUAGUUAAAAUUGUCUAAUGUUACCCUAAAUUAGCAUCCUACUUUACUAACCUUUCACCUAUAAUCCUCAAUCUGCCUAAGUGAAAAAUGACAUUAAGUCCUGUCACCACUGAAGUGCAACGUUAGGUCAGAUGUAUGCAGAGCAUUGCUUGGUGCAGGAUGGGAGGUAUGUGUGACCAAAACAAUCUGACAAGUGUAGUGAUAUUUGGCCUACACAGCAAUGAUACUUUUAAUUUCAUGAAUCACAAAUCACAGUAAUGGAAAUGUUCAGGUCAUAUAACUGGAUACUUUGUUGAGGAGUUUCUCAAGAAUGAGGAGAAGCAAAUUCAGAAUGUAAAACCAAUUGCAUUGAAAGGGAACAAAUAGGCCAAACGAUUACACAGUUUUAAUAUAUCAGGUGCAUCAAGUUUGUCUAUAAGCGUUAGCUUUUAGGAAGUAACAGGAAUAUGUGAUCUUUGCUUUUGAAUAGGAUGUCAUCUUACAGCCUUGGAAAACAAUGUAUGUACUGUAUUAGGGAUCAGUAAUUUCUGUCUGUAGAUCAAGAACUGUCAAUUUCCAGUCCAUUAAAUUUCCUAGCAGAAGGGUAAAUCUCUUUAUAUGUUUGUGACUGUAAAGGAGAUAAGAGUUUGCAGUUUUAGCUGCCUUUCCUCAGCUGUUUACAGAGCCUGAGGGCCCUGCAGGCUGAAAAGCAUUAUUCUGGAGAGAGGGAAGGCUUUGCAUGCUUCUUGUGAUGGUGAAAGAUUUGAGGAAGGUUGCAACUGCUACAGAAAUCAAUCAAUCUGAGAGCAUAAGUGUGGUUUCCCUUUGCUGUACUUUUGGAUCAGAGGAAAAAGAAGUUUUACUUCUGUCGUUCAUUAACUAACCAAAGAAACUUAGCUAGUUGGCACAGAGCUCUGGGAAGCAGGGAGUAGCGUGCUUUGAGUCUGCCCUAAAAGCGGUCUGUAGGAGUAUAACAUUCCAAAAAUGAUCUUGUCCUUCUGAUCCAUGUUUCUGAUUUUAAGACAAUGGAUUUUUUAGUUUAGUUGUAUAUUUAGGAGGCUAAUCCAUACUCAACAGAAUUUUAUUUAAAUAUUUAUAAUGUUAUAACGAGGUAUUUAUUUGCAUAAUUUGAAUUAUGUCAUUUUUUAAAGGCUUACAUAAUGGGAUUACCAGUAUUUAUUGAAUUCUUGGAUACUUAGUAGGGUUGUUUGUUUGUUUUAAUCUCUGGGAUACCUGAUAAAUGGUGAAAUACCAGUCAGCUAUUAGAACUCUCCUCAAAGCAAAAUAAAUCAUCAGUUCAGUGGUGAAAACUCUUAAAUCUAACAUGGUAAGAUAAACGUUCCUUUUGUAAUAUUUUCCAUUGUAAUUUUGUGCUGUCCACAAGUGCCCAGUUAUCUCUUUCUCAAGGAAUUCUGAUAACUGUAUAGUUUUAUGAAAGUUCUUUGCUUUAGACAAACUGCAACAUAAGUUACUUCUUUGUUUGCUUUAAUAAUAAAAGGUAGAUUCGUGUUCUAUUUCCUGCUUGUACAAAAUAAUACCUGUUUAUACUAUAACUUUUUAAGACAUUUGUUUUACUUUUUUCUCAAAGAAAUGAUUAUAUUUUGUUAGCAUAUACUUAUGUUUCAGUUAUUCAUGUGGUCCUUUUUCAGAUUUUUAAGAUCAUAUUAUUGUUUUGUGUUCCUGACUUAGUUUUAUGGCUCUAAAUCGAGAGACUGUAAUGGAUUUUGUUGAACUGUUUUAAUAUUGAUAAAUGAGACUUUGCAUUUCUUAUGGUUUUUAUUGUCAGUAACUUUCAUCUUUUAAUAUAUUUCCGUAUCAC